UUUUGAAACAGGACGCAUUGCUCUGCAAGACAAACCGCACGAUUGCGUCACACCGUUAAACGAAGCGAAACACAAUUUGAUUUCUAACAACAGGGAAGUUUGCAUUUAAUUAAAUCUGUAUUUUAUUUGUUAUUUUUUUAAAGUUGAGAUACAUUUUUAAUGUAUUGAUUAAUUGCGCACAUAUUGAUAAUAAAUUGAAGGCGUUUGAAUGCGUUGACGUGGAGCUGGCCUCACCUACCGCACCAGGAAGCAGCUGCCUCACCCCCACCCACCCACCCACCCAGGGGAGGAAACUGCAACACGCUCCGUGGAAAGGUUUAGGUUCUGAACACCCUGCGAUGUUGAAAUGAAGAUUGAUGAAAAAGUUGUCUGCUACUUUGAAUCUUGCAACUCACCUGUGGACAAAGAGGGAUACCUGUCCAAAAAGGGUGAGAUAAAGACUUCGUAUCAGAAGCGCUGGUUCAUGCUGAAGGCCAACCUCCUCUUCUACAAGGACCGGCCGGGAGACAAAGACCUGAUUGGAGUCAUUGUCCUGGAGGGCUGCACCGUCCAGCUCUGCGAGUCCGAGGAGCAGUUCGCCUUCUCGCUGGUGUGGAGCGAGCCGGGCCUCAGGACGUACAAGUUCGCGGCGGAGGACCAGGCGAGCCAAGAGAGCUGGAUCAAGGCUCUGCUGUCGGCCAGCCACAGCUACCUGGCGCUGCUGGUGAUGGACAUGGAGAAGCAGUACAAAGAUGCAUUGCGCGCACACCCCAGCGAAUCCCGCAGGCCUUUCACGAUGCCGACCUUUCCGAGCACGCACGCUUCCACCCUGCCUGCGUUUGCGGCUCAGUCUGUGGGACGGCCAGCUUCUCAGGGCUCCAGCCUGCAGCUUCAAGCUCCAAACAGUUCAGUGGCCCGAGCAGUUUCUAAGAAGUCGCCCAAGCUGUGGCCCAAGAGAAACUCAAACAUGGUGGCCGUCGGCGCGCCUGCUCUGCCCAUGCUCGAGUUCUCGGGUCUGUGUUUCGCCCCCGAGGAGCAGUUCAUUAAGCUGCAUGAAGACUUUGGAAGGGAGAUAAAGAAACUGAUUGCUGAUUGGUCCAGGAGAAGAGGCGGCGGCGAAGACUUGCCCGUAGAAAGCCUGAUAGAUUUCGGAUAAAGAGAAAAUGUACGUUCCCAGUUUUUAAUUCUAAUGUGAAAACAUGUUUGUGACAUUUCAAAGCGUUGAUGUAAUGAGAAACUGGAAAAGCUCGUUUUUAAUGCAUUGUUUUUUUUUAUUUUAUGUUUUCCUUCCAUAGAUUAAACAAUAAAUCUAUGAUCUUUUUAUUUUGUUGAGGAGUAAAGUUAUUUCUUGGUCA